AUCCGUGAUACGAUCUCCAUCUAGGUCCAUUAGUAGAUGUCAGCCUUACCCCUCAGGCUCAAUCAAUGAUGCUAUCAUUGCCAUGGUUAUCUAUUUCACAGGGAUUAUUAGAUGGUCGAUCUGGAUCUUGGUGCGGUCCAUCCUUUUGCUGGGCUAACUGUCGAUCCGUUCGUUGUACAUCAUCUUUUUGGUGCAUGCAUGCAUUUUGGGCUAAACCCCCGUUCCCCGCCCGUGAGAAUACAGGCCUCCAGGGUUGUCUCUGUGUUGCCUGCCUAUUAGUUAGUUAGUAGUUUUAUUACAGGCAUGAAUCUCGCUUAGAUCAGCUGGGUUUAUUCUCUUCCUCCUCCUCUUCUUUUUCUCAGUCCAUUGUACUGGGACACGACGAGGGAUGAGGUUGCGCCACACUUGCUAUGAAC